AUGGUGAGAGUAAGCGAAGACAGCUCUGUAAGUGUAGAUGUGAUCCCCUGGUUUGAUCUCGCUCCUCUCGACUCUAUUACUGAGAAGCCCCAUUUCUCUUUCUCCCUCUGUUUCGUCUCCUCAGCUCUUGUCUACGAGACGAAAUGGCUAUGGCUAUGUUUGGAUGGUGCUUGGACUCUGCACUUUUCUUUUUCCGAUGCAAUAGAGUUAUUCCGAUUCCUUGCACUUCAUCCAAGAAAUGUUCCACCACAAACCGGGAAUCCAAGGCCACGACGUCGUGUUAAGGUUGAAAAACUCACGGCGUAG